AUUUUGUAUCAGGUAAAAUUUUGUCACACUCAGCAUAUGGUUAAUUAAAAUGGGUCUUUUAUUCAAAUUUAGAAGCCAAGCCAUUUCUUGCACUCAGUCCGUAUUUCGGAUUUAUCGGAUCCCAAAUCAAAGUCCAAUCAACUCAUAAAUAUUUUUGGACUGGCCCAUAUUUGAUCCAAUUUUUUUUAGACCAGUCCAUGUUUUAAUUCACUAGCCCAUUCUUUUAAUACCCGAUCCAAAAAUCGACCCAGUCCACAAAUGGACCGGGUCCGGCCCAUUUCCGUUCCAAAAUACUUUUCCUCAUUUUCAUCCGCCACGCCGUCUCCCGUCAUCUCCCCCAUCUUCUUUUGUCCCCUCAUUCUCUUCCAUUUCCCCUUGUCCCACGCCUUUGCCACCACCAAUUCCUCUAUCUUCACGUGGAGUGAUACUUUUCAAAAGGGAACUUUUUGACUUUCAAGACAAAAAAGUUUCUCUUUCUUCUCCUCCACACGCUAUUUCCUCAAAAAAAAAAAAAAAAAAAAAAAAAACUGACCAAAUUUUCCAAUUUCUGCUCUCUUUAUUCUCCAAUGGCAGACCACUCUCACGAAAACGAGCAGAACGACAACAUUAUUUCAAAUUCAAAGCCGACCCAAAAUCCCGCUCAAAAUUUUAAAAUCUUAACCCUAGUUGCAUCUAUAAAUACCAAGUUAUAGCAGCCAUUGGGGGCAGAUUGGGAGCCGUCACUUCUCCCCUUCGAACUAUUAAUCUCCUUCAUAUUAUUUUUUUUCGUUCAAAGCACUUAUUAAGCUUAUUUACUCUUUUAUUAUCUCCGUUUAAAAUCUCGAAUCUGAGCAUCGUUCGUGUUCGAGCAUAGAUCGGAGAAUCAAAGCCCCACUUCGCUGCACCCAUAGCAGAUAACCAUGAAGAUCGUCAGUUUUUGAAAGAAGCUUGGACGCAGUUGAGCUUAGCUUAUUUUUAGGAAUAUUUUUUCUUUUCUUAUUUGGAAUGUAAUAAAGCUGAAAAAUAUUUAUGUACUUCAUUUUGGGAAUAGACUCGUUUAAUUAAUUAAAGAGCAAAUGGGAUGACAUAUAAUGGCACCUUUAUCUUUCAAAUACACGUUAGGCCUACCUCAGGCAUAAGGAGGUCCCCUACGUAUUAACACGUGUGGCUGUUAUCUUAUAUACUUGUGUUAUAAGCUUUUAAGUUGCGUGCUUGCUUGCUAAGUGGUUUACUUGAAUUUAUUUGCAAUAUGCUUGCUUUUGAACUUAUUUGCGAUUAUCACCUGAUGCCAAGCUCAUUACUUAAAUUUAUUUGAAGGCUCUUAUUUGAAUUUAUUUGUGAAGAGUUAUUACUCUAUAUUUACUAACAUCAUCUUUGUUUCAGAAGAAGAGUAAAAUUCAUAUUUGCUUUGCCGCACAAUUGCAUAUUGUUCAUUAAUUAUUUUUGCAUCAUCUUCACUUCAAAAAAAAAACUAUUUAUUCCGCGGUUAGCGCACUUUAGCCACUCUAGAGCACCUUUAAUAUCGUUCGCAUUCUUAGCAUGACUCCCGACAAAUUUCUAAUCGUCGGAGGAAAUUUCCUAAUUUUUCGCAUACAUGAACUAGCCUUGAAAAUCCUUAAAGUUAACUCUUAUCAUUUCAACUUUGUUUUAAUAGGCAUUCUCUUAUCGUUAUUUGCUUACUUACUCAAAUCUAUUAGUGUCGAACAAUUUGUCUCGCAUCAAACUGCAAGUGUCCUUUUACGGGUAUGAUCUUCUGUCUCAAACGACGGAACAUUUGACCCGUUAGCUCCAUGCCUCGUAGAAUCCAUUUUGCACUCGGUUUACGUCAUGGAACUUUUACUUUCAAAUUCUAUCGUUUUCAGCAUUUAUCGUUUCUUAAAUUGGUAGAUGUCCAAAUUUAUUGGUCCAAUCUAUCAAAUGGCACUUCUCGAUAUUUGUUCGAUUUUUGCCAUCAAGUUGUUCAAGAAUGACUGUUCAAGUACCUUGCUUCUGCGGAGUCUUCGCUCAGUCAAUCGCGUCAUUCUGGGUCGCUGAAAUUUAUCUUCGCGCACCCAUUAAUUUCAAUUUUUGGCAUGCAAGUCGAAGGACAAUCUCAUAGGUCUCCUGUCCUUGACAUUUUGCAACCCGCCAGUGCUUCGUAACCCUCGGGUACAUUAAAUUCAACUGUCUUGCGCCCGAUCAAUCAUGAUCUUCUCUAAGCUAAUCUCUUGCAUUAUUAAAAAAAAAACUUUUUACACACCAGGCGAACUACGCUUGACCUGAUUCCUCGGUGGAUACGUAGGCAGCCCACAUAGGGACUCAGUCAUAUUAGGGUAGAAUUAUUUCUUAUUUGCAUGUAACCCGAAUUACGUUUUACCUGAUUUCCUGUCGGAUACAGGAUACGUAGGCAGCCUAUAUAAGGCCCGGUCUUAUUUACUACAAAUUUUAAUAUUCCUCACACGAAGGAGCAGGAAACUGGGACAAUUUUGGGAUGCAACCAAGAUAUUUUUUCAAAACAUCCUAAAACUGGAGCAAAUUUUUUAAAAAAUAUGCUGGAAUUGGUAAGAAUUAACUCAGAACCAAGCUUUGGCGUUCGAUAUGAGUCAACCUUUUUUCAAAUGGCAUGUUCUACUCCAAUGUAGUUUUCUUUUCUUCCGAUUCAUUCUCAACCGUCAGAGCUAAAUAGCUGAUGAUUCAUUUUCGUCCAUUCGUUUCCUUUAUAUGACUCAAGUCGUCUCUAAUCUAGAGCCUGCUUAAUUAGAUCAUUAAAAAAAAAGAUUAUAUAUAUAAACAUUAUUUUGGGCAUUUACUUCAUGCACUAACAUUUUAUUUUGUUUAUGAAGUUUUACUUUUCUCUUUAAAAGGUUGUCUGGCAUUGAACAUUGUUUUGGCUGCGAAUCUGUAUUAAGGACGAGAUUAUAAUGGCAGAGAGAUUUGAAGCUUUCAACACCGGUAUGGGUUUGGUGCAAGAACAAAAUGAUAGCAAGGGAAAGGUGGUUCGAAAAAAUAUUGUAGUCAAUCUGGGAAAUACCUUAAGCCUUCUUCCUAACACAACCUCAACUUCCAGCUCAAUUUGCAACAUUUCCUUAGCCAUUUCGCCUCACUUAGAUCCUACCUAUACCAUUCCACAAAUGCCUUCAACCUACACUCCCGAUCAAGUAGCGAUAAUUCCUAAUUCUCAAUUUUCCAUAGCCACCACUCAAUUCGAGAAAAGUAAGGAAAACGAACUGGUAAUAUCCCCAUACAGGAGGCCUGGAAAGGAAAUCAAGUCGCUUUACCAUGAAGAAUUGGGAAAAGAACUCCACAAUUUGAGGAAAGUCGUUAAUGAAGAGUUAUGUUCAAGGAAUUUCCAGAUUUUGAAGUAUGAAGAUUUAUGUGUGCAUCCAAACGUUGAGCUUCCGUCAGGGUACAAAAUACCUAAGUUUAACACUUUCAAUGGGAAGGGAGAUCCCGUCGCUCAUUUAAAGGACUAUUGCAGCAGAUUAAUUGGUAUUGGACAUAUUGAAGCCAUACGAAUGAGAUUGUUCAUUCAAAGUUUAUCAGGAUCAACGCUCUCUUGGUACACUAAACAAGAUUUUAGCAAAUGGCUUACGUGGGAGGAUAUGGCCCGCGAAUUUAUAAAGCAAUUCGAGUUUAACAAUGGGAGCGAUCCGCACAUAGCCGACUUGCUCAGAGUAAAGAAAAUGCCACAUGAGUCUUUCCAAGAAUAUGCCAUACGAUGGAGGUUAGAAGCUUCAAAAAUACAUCCUCCGUUAUCCGAGAGGGAAUUGAUCUCAACCUUCAUCCAAAUUCAGGAAGAUUUAUAUUAUGAUAAGUUGCUCGGAGUUUGUGCACACAACUUCUCUGAUUUGAUUAGGAUUGGUAGAGAACUAGAAAAUGCCAUUCAAGAAGGGAGAAUUACAGAUAGCUCAGCAACACAAGCCGUUCACCAAACCUUCCAAGCGAAGAUACCCCGAAAUCUGCAAAGUGAAAUGAAGGGAAACCAAUUUGCUUCCACGACUAUGCAUCAAGCGCAAUGCCAUAAAAGUCACCAAAUUUUUCAAUCUUAUGCCACUAUGCAAUGUCCUCGCCAGCGAAACUCCCAGCAAGGCUACCAACAACGGUUUCACCAAGCACAUUCAAGCUCUCAACAUCAAAAGAAGAGGAAAUCCUUUUGCUUCACUACUCUAAAUGAACCAUUGGCAAAUAUAUUUGAGAGGUUGAGUGCUAAAGGUAUUCUGCAACCAAAGGAGGGAUUUAUACCUAAGCAUCCACCGCCAAACUUUGAUUUAUCUAAGAGUUGUGCUUAUCACUCAAACAUUCAAGGACAUGACAUUGAAGAAUGUCCAGCACUAAGAUUUAAGAUUCAAAGCAUGAUUGAAAGUGGCAAAAUAAAGCUACAGCUAGAGCCUUCAACCGGUAAUAUUGCAAACACAAAGACAACUGUUGUUAAGGGUGAUCCAUCGAAACUGGCACCAAGGCAUUUGAAAAGAAAGCGUGCAACAAGUCAAGCAGUAUGACAGGGACAUCAUCUCGCCACUCGAGAAUAUCAUUCUCCACAUGCCCAUCUUUAAGAGUAGCCGCUAUCUUGUAAUCUUUUCUAGACUUUUUUUUUUAUGAACUACGGUCGACCUGAUUCCUGUUAGUAGCAGGAUACGUUGGCGCCCAUGUUGGGUCCAGUCUCA